UUAAAGAAUCAACAGACAUGGCCGUGAGCGGGAGGCAGCAGCUACAAGAGAGGCAGAGGUGACAUGUCACCUGGGGAGGACUUUGAAACCCCGAACCUUUCUCCUUGACUAUGGAUGGCUACAACAGGCAGGAGCAAAUUGGCAGCAGUGAAGAUGAGGAUCAGAACUUUGUAAGGUAUAUGGAUGAGGAUGGAGUCAUUGGAUUAAAGGAAGGCGGAAUGGAACUAUAUAACCAAGGAUUUAUAGAAGAGGAUGAAACUGAACAACAAAAAAUACUAGGUUUGGAAAUAGGAGACAUGUUGGAGCAAGAUGAAGAAGGAAUUUUGUUCCCAGCAUCCCCUACAGAUGGUGACAGAUCAGAUAGUCAAAGCUGGAAAGAGCAAUUUAGUUUUUCCCAAAUGCCAGAAGAAAGAAGGAACCAAGAAAUAAUUAGCAUUCAUGAUACCGAUGAUCUCACUUUUUUGGACCAACCUAGCAGGUCAAUUACUUUGCCUUCUGCACUUGAACGAAGACCUCCAAGCAGGGACCAACAGCUGGAUAUGACUGAAGAUGAGGUGGAUCAAGGGAGUUCCCUGGGAGCAUGGGAUGGGAAUGAAGAAGAAAACUGGAACACACAACAAUUGGGAUUGCUCUAUAAUGGAACUGAACAUGAAAGGCUUGACGACUAUGGACAAACUUUAGCAGGGGAAGAUCAGUGGAACAACUUACCUGGAUCCCCUCAAGAAGAUUACUCUAACAUUUCAAAGAAUCAGGGAGGUGAAGCUAUUAAAGAGUCCCACUCACCAUCAUCUCCUCCACUUCCUAGCACUUGGGACACUAGACUAUUUGGCAUGUUGAGUCUAUCACCUGGUAUAGAAGCUGAGACUCUUCCAGAACCCUCACAUACAGAUAGUGGCGAAGGAUCAGCCGUCAUUCCUUUUGGAGAUCAUGGAAAGGUUUCCAGAGUUACAAAGUUGUCCAAUCAGACUACAUAUUUAAGAACUAAGUCUACCUUAUCACCUUCCUCUUCGACCAAAAGGCAGAACGCACAGCAUUCUAAUGAAAAGAAAAGCAAAAAUUCAACCAUUGAACAAUAUGGCAGAGGUCAGCUCAACUACCCUUUGCCUGAUUUUUCUAAAGUUGGUCCCCGGGUCCGAUUUCCCCGUGAUGACCAGGGUUAUCGUCCUCCUCAGCCACAAAGGCUAGAAAAGCAAAGUGCCCCUACUCUCUUUAAAUCACCAGCAGAUAUAGUAAGAGAGGUCCUGCUGAGCAGUGUUGAAAAGCCUGCCCAGGAACCAACCAUUCCACCCUCAGUACCACAAGAGUUCAAAACCCCACAGCAAGCCACCCAACUUGUUCAUCAGCUACAGGAGGAUUAUCACAAGCUGCUCACUAAGUAUGCAGAGGCUGAAAAUACGAUUGACCGUCUGCGCCUUGGAGCUAAAGUACAGCUCUACUCUGACCCUGCAAAACCAAGCCACAGUGUUCAAAUGGGAACAGUCAUGCAAGGGUCAAAAGUCAUGGAGUUCACCAUACAUCAUGCACAGGUGGCAAACUUCAGUGCAGUAAAUGAAGACAAUGAUAUAACCAAAAGGGACACAGGUUCCUCUGCUCCACGGAAUCAUUCAGCAACUCCCUCAGAUGCCACUUUACCAGGUACCUCAGGUUCUUCCAUUCUUCAGGGACCUGAAGACAGUGCUUCCAUUCUAAGAUCACACCUGGAGACCCUUUAUAGAGAGGUCGACCUUUUCGUGGGGCUGUUGCAAGGGGGAAAUUUGACUCCUGAAGAACAACAACAGGCUGUGCAAGAGCUCCGUGGCUCUCUAGAUGUGCUAGAACGCAGGUACUUACAGGCUCAGGAGCAGUAUCGUCAAGAACAACGACGCACUGGGUACCCAUCUCUGGAGCUGGAUCCACAAAGAGAACUUGAAGAUGCCAUAUUCCAAUUGGGAGUCCAACUGGAUGAGUUACAAGAAAGAGUAGACCAUUCCGCCCAGUCCAACCCUAGCACAGACCUCACACGUAGUACUCGCCAUUUGGAUAAUGUCCCAUUGCCAUCAGCUGUAGUGCCUGUUCCAACUACUCAGACACCGUACCCACAGGCGACAUCCCCAGGCCCCCCUGGAUUGCCUGGUACAGGUAUGAGAACAUCAGAUAAAGAGGAUCCAGAGGAAUAUUUACCUCAACCGCUCCACUACAAACACAUGCAGGUGGAAAAGGAUUAUGGAGCUUUGCUGUCCACAUAUAGCAGCUUUAAAUCCCUUCCUGAUGCCCUGGGACAGGAGCAGGAUGAGUGGCCUCAGCAGAAUCCACCAAUUGCCAGACCACAUGAUCACGAAAACAACAGCACUGGACAGGGGCAAUUUCAAGCUUCCAGAUCACAGGACCAUGCCAGACCACAUGAUCACCAAGAUAGCAGCACUGCACAGGGGCAUUUUGAAGCCUCCAGAUUACAGGACAAUGCACAAGCUAGAAGACCACUUGGGAUGAUGACUCCUGUUAGUAGUCAUAAUGAGCAUGCACAGGCUGUCAAUUCACAAGACCACCAAUUACAAACUAAGGCAAAGCGCCAAUCUCCAAGGACCAGUCAGCAGUAUUAUCCAAAGUCCAUUGCUUCUCAAAACUUUCCACCCGAUCGUCUAUCACUGAGCUCCUCAUUGCCCCGGCUGAAGGAACAGUCUCCUCGGACCCCCACCAUCGAGUUUUCUGCCAGUGAGGAAAGCAUCCAGGGAUCCCCGUCUCAUAAAAGCACCAAGAAUGUCGGUCCUUUGAGCCACAACGAGUCACCAAUUACUCUUAAAGAAAGCAUUGCACAGAGGAGGAUUUUGUCCCCAGAAACAGAUAGUGGUUUCCUUGGUUCAGAGAGUGGACGGUGCUUUCCGCUCCACAAACAGAGACAUCAGCUGAGCCCAAAUAGAAGAGAAGACGCUGUAGCAACACAAGAUUCCUCUAAUGCUGCUGUGAAAAAUGAAAGGCGACGCUCUAAAAACAGCAGUGGUAACUUCUACAGUACCCGCAAAGUGUUACGUGACAAUAGAACGCAGAACAACCCCUGGGUUGGCCCAUCAGAAGCUAGCUCUCCCUCUUUGGGGCCGAAGAGCCUGACUGAAAGCGAGAGCCGGGAAGAAAGUCACACUGAUGAAUCGGACUCAGAACGGGAAAGAUCUAACAAUGUUAUUGGUGAUGUGUCUUCUGGAGCCUCUCUGCUUCCUUCACCUACUGACGAGCCAACCCAGCCUCUCAGGAACAUUAUGGAGUCUCGCACAGCAAGAAAUCAGGCCAUCCAUGAUUUACAGAAGGAAGUGACUCAGCUUCGUCACCACUUAGAGAACAGCCUGACCCGAUCACCAGCCCGAGGGAAGCUGUGGAAGCCAACUGCUGCUAAGAAGCAACAUGAGGCGGACGUUCCUCACUUUUCCCCUGGCUUGGAUUCAACUAUUUACAGACAUCGGGCUCCAGUAAAUGAAACAAGGACAGUUACCAUGAAAACAUCAAAGGAGGAUGAAAGUGUCCUUCCCACACACCCAGCCUGUCUGUUUUGCAUGGGAAAGAGUGGAUCUUAUAAUGCACCAAGAACUGGAAUGAGUAAUGAUGAAAACAGGCGUCAUCGAAGGAAUAAGCAUUGCCAGCACUGGUAUAUGAGUCAUCCUCCUCCAGUAGGCUAUGUUCCCAGUCCACCUGUGCCAUACAGCCCUCCUGUCAUAUACAGCACUCCACCUGGCAUCUAUGUUCCUGUUGAGUAUAAUGUUACUGACAUACGAUCUUCAUUUGCUGUGGCUCCUCCCCCUAAUUCAGACAUCGGAGACCUGUAUGAUUUAAGCUACCCUUUGAGCCAGGCACUAGAUGCAGCCCAAGAACUGAAAAUAACCAGCAAACGAAUGUGCCAAUCUCUGACCACAGACCUCAGCAUGCAGCGCAGUCUUCGAGGUUCCUGUCUUUUCUAGGAAUCAGCAAAGCCCAUUAUAAUUUAAUUGCACAAAACCAAAUAAUGGCUGUGAAUGAAUAUUGUAGCUGUAUUUAUUUCCUAAUAUUGUACAUUUGUUUGCACUCAUUGUUCUCCAGAUAAACCAAACAUGCAGUACAUUAUCUGUGACAUCCCGUAGAAGACAUGCCCACUCCCACAGGCCAGUUUUCAUUGGC